GUGAUCCCAUAAGCACACACACACACAUGAAUGCCACCUGCUGCAUACGUGAGCAUGAUGGUAGCUAAUAGCGGGGUGUGAUGGAAAUUACAGAGAAGCCGUGAACAGGACGCCGAGGCUCAGGAGAGGGAGGGUCCGGGGGGCCGAGGGAGCGUCGGCUUUCAUAUCUCGCUCGCCGUCGAGGACCACGACGCGAGACCGGACGGCUUCGACGCACCGAAACCAUGGCCUCCCCCGGGUGCUCCAUGCUCCCAGAGAAGCAGUUCCAGUGCACCGUGUGCCGCCAGGUGUUCACCGACCCGGUCACCACGCCCUGCGGUCACAACUUCUGCCGGGCCUGCCUCGAGACGGCGUGGGCCGGCGGCGCCGAGGCCUGCCGCUGCCCCGCCUGCGACAAGCCGUUCGACCCCCGUCCGGAAAUGAGCGUCAACGCCGCCUUCAAGGAGCUGGCGGACGCGUUUAGGCGGAUGGCGUCGGCACCGCCGGCGCGGUCGGCCGAACCGGGCGAGGCGGCGUGCGACGUGUGCGCCGCCGCCGCCGCCUCCCCUUGGGUCGGGGCCCUGAAGUCCUGCCUGGUGUGCCUGACGUCGUACUGCGAGGCCCACCUGGAGCCCCACCGGCGGGUCGCCACCCUGAUGGUCCACCGGCUGAUCGAGCCGGCCGCCGACCUGCAGGCCCGGCUGUGCAGGGAGCACGACCGGCUGCUGGAGAUGUUCUGCCGCGACGAGCAGGAGCCCGUGUGCCGCUUCUGCACCGAGACGCGGCACAGAGGUCACCGGGCGGUCGGCGUGGAGGACGAGAGCCGGGAGAGGAAGGUCCAGAUGAAGAAAACCCGGGAGGAUUUCCAGCAGAUGAUCCAGGAACGCCUGGAGAAAGUGGAGGAGAUGCAAAACUGUCUGAAGCUCAGCAACACGAGUGCAGAGACGGAGAUGAAGAAGAGCGACCGACUCUUCGCGUCUCUGAUCCGCUCAGUGGAGGAGAGACAGGCGGAGGUCAACGCCGAGGUCAAGGCGAAGCAGAGCGACGCCGAGAGGCGGGCGGAGGAGCUCGGCGACGAGCUGCGGCGGGAAAUCUCCGAACUGCAGAGGAGAUGCUCCGAGCUGGAGGACCUGGGAGACACCGAGGACCAUCUCAACGUCUUACAGAAGUCUCCCUCUCUCAUGUCACCCCCUCCCACCAGAGAGUGGACGGAGAUCGGCGUGACCCCUGACCUCUGCGUGGGGACGGUGAGGGCGGCGCUGUCCAAACUGGACGCCACCCUGACCAACGAGCUGCACGGCCUGAAGGAGGAAGAGAUGAAGAGAAUGCAGAAAUAUGCAGUUGACGUGGUUUUGGACGCGGACACCGCCCAUCCGAACAUCGUCCUCUCGGCGGACGGGAAGCAGGCGGCCCGCGGCGAGCUGCUUCACGUCGUGCCCGACAACCCCCAACGCUUCGACCCCGUCAUCUGCGUUCUGGCCGAGCGCGGCUUCCUGUCCGGGAGGUUCUACUUCCAGGUUGCCGUUGGGUCGAAGACCUUCUGGGACCUGGGCGUGGUCAAGGAGUCGGUCAACCGGAAGGGGAUGAUCACCUGCAACCCGGAGAACGGCUUCUGGACGGUGCGGCUCAGGGCCGGCGAGGAGUACCGCGCGUUGGACUCGCCCUCGGUGCUCCUCCCCCUGGAGGUGAAGCCGCGGGCGGUCGGCGUGUUCGUGGAUUACGAGGAGGGCGCCGUGUCGUUCUUCGACGCCGAGCGCGGGUCUCACAUCUACACCUUCGCCCGCUGCCGGUUCUCCGGGAGGAUCUUCCCCUUCUUCAGCCCGGGCGUUUUGGAUGAGGGGAAAAAUAUGGCGCCGUUGGUUGUCACAGACGUUAACCGUCUUUGACUCGAGGACGAGCCUCCGGUGGCGCUCAGGAGCUCCGGAAAGAUCUUGACUUGCAGAACCGACUCGGUAUUUGAUAGUUAGUCAUUACAAUGAAAAUACAUUGAAAAUACAUUGAAAAUACAUUGAAAAUUGAAAAUACAAAUACAUUGAAGAUACAUUGAAAAUACAUUGAAAAUACAAAUACAGUGACAUUACAGUAACAAUACAGUGACAUUACAUUGACAAUACAGCUUAAAUGUUAGUGAUAACCAAUUUUGUGAGAAUAAUGUUAACAUGUUUCACUUCGUGUUUCCAUGGUGAUUUGUUUCUGAAAUAAAGAAACCCGUCUGAACCUUC